CAUCGAUCGAUGAGCAAAUGGUCGUUUCCGGACCGAUUCUCAGCAUAGUAAAACCGUCGGGAAUCAAUGUCCCAAAGAGAACAAGCACCACUUCGGCUCUUGUUUCUUCUCUCGCCAGUUUCAACCUUGACCUCCCCAUUGAAAGCAAUGCUGACUUUUUGUCCGCCUCGCAUCACAUGACAGGAGGUGGGCAAUCGUGACCGUGGUAACGGACGUCCAACCAAAACACGGAUCGCCGGGAAAGGACGAGAAUCAACUUGAGCCCAAACAUAGUACAGUUACUGCAGUGCGAUGUGCCGCGGGGGUAACUCACGUCGCCGCUUUUCUCCCCCCCCCCCAAAGCUAAAGUGGCGACUUAAAGCACUGAAAGUGUGUUAUUACUCUGAAGUGGAUGCUGAGCAAACAGGCUAACGCAAGCAGCUAGCCCGUCGCGGACGGAGGCGCAAGAGCAACCAAAUCGUCCGAAUGCUCACCAUCGUACAAAUCGAGGCGAUCUUUCGGACUGUCAUCAGUAUUUCCAUCCGUGCGUCGCCAUGUUGGACCCAAACCCCGAUGGUGAAAUUGCCCGAGCCGACGCGGCUGCACAGUUCCGGGAGAGGCUUCACAGCUUCAGCGCUCGUACUUUGACACCCCACCCCACCCUCCCCUCCCAUUAUGUGUGUGUGUGUGUGUGUGUGUGUGUGUGUGUGUGUGUGUGUGUGUAUAUAUAUAUAUAUAUAUAUAUAUAUAUACAUAUACAUAUAUGAAAUUGACGAAGAUGCCGCUUCGAGCGCUGAGUCGCACGUCCACCUCGCCGCCGUAUUGGAUGUGGCAAAGGGCAAUGCGUUUUGGAAAUCAUUUUGCCCAUUGAAAUAGCUGACUUUGAAGAAUAUGCUCUAAAGUCCCUUUUUUUUUUUUCAAAUCUUAUUUUUAGUAUUAUCCAGAUUGUAAGGCCUCAAGGAGGCACUAUGCUGCAUUUUCAGUAUAUAUAAAUUCAACACAUCCCUGUUCAAAUAUGCCAUGUUUUUGCAAUUAGAAUUGCAAAAUUAAUGUGACCCUAUACCCUGUAGAAGUUUUUGUUUAAUUAUUUAAUAUUUUCGAGAGAGGAAGUAAAAAUUAAAAACUGAAAUAAUGUGAUUGCAAAGGUGUGCACACCCCCUAAAACCGGUACGUGGCCGUGUUCAGAAUUAACCAAACACGUGCAAACUCAUCUUAAAUGCGAGUCGCUACACACCUGCCAGCAUUUUAUGUGCCUCUGAUUAACCCCAAAUGCAGUUCUAGUCGGCUUUCUUUUUUUGUGCUUUCUUGCAGAAAAUUGAAGGUUUUGUGCUUACAUUACCGACGAUUUUGAACUUUUCAUAAUCCCUUCCGCUUUGUCUGAGACCCCAGUUCCAGCUGAAGAAAAACAGCGCUAUGCUUUGAAUCCAAGCUUGAUUUAACAUAUACAAAAACUAAUCAAAAUAAGAUCGACAAAGAUGGAAGAAAACAAACGGGAAAAAAAGUAUAUAUAUUUGAGGAGUAGGAAGAAGUUAAAAAAAUAAUAAUUCUCAGUCCAGAUUUGAGUUGUACAACGAUGGUGAAGAGGGAAACUAAUCGUAUGUAGCAUAUUGUAGGUAUCCUAAACUGGCAGGUCCAUGUAUCGCGACAUGUCUUUAAUCAUGCAAGAUUGUUAUGUAAACAUUUCCAAUCAUCACAAUGAAAGUCACGUACGUUAUUUUUUGCUUUCUCAAGUUCAGCCCCUAGCAUGAGUUUACCAGGCGGAUCUGCCACGUCCAACAUGGCGGACGCGCUGACGUAUUGCAGUGACCCACGAGCUGAUUUAAAAAAAAGGGAAAAAAGCCUAUUUCUAUGUCUAUGGUUUCCUCUGCCACGGUUUACUACAACGGUCAAGCUCGACAUUGGCGUGCCUCAUUUCCCCUCACUCGCUUCUAUUUUAAUGAGGCAUUCAAUUCACAAUCACACUUGCCAUUUCGUAUUUACUACUUGAGUUUUCCUACAUCAGUCGUUUUUUUUUCUCUCAGCAGAAACAGCAUUUCACGUCCUUUUUUUUUUUGGGGGGGGGGGUAGAUUUUAUUUUGAAGGUCAAAUGACAAGACUUCCUGUACUGUUUGUAACGUUCUCGUGUCACUUGACGUGUGGGUGACGGCUGGCGAGAGUUCGUUUGAUUCAUUGUAUGAGGCUAGAAAACGCAGGCGGUGCCUACACGAUUUGUACUGUUAUUUUCUUCCCAUUUGUUUGAAUAUUUUAGCCAACAAACUACAUAACGUCAGACGAGGCUCUACUUUGAGAUUAUAUUCUUGAUAUGACUGCAAGGCCUGGAGAGGAAACGAACACCGCCCAACUGAGUUGAGCUGGUAUUUAAUGCGAAGCCCUCGCAUCAAUUCAACAGGAAGGGAGAUCCAGGGAUAAGUGAGCUGGGGGAAGUUAUGGGAAUAUCCGAGUGACUUGUCCUCGGGGCAAGUGAGGAGGAGGAGGAGGAGGAAGAGGAGGGUGGUCUCUUUCCCACACGGAGCUGAGGUCAAUGCGGCUGGCUGGAGCGGUCCCCUUCCCUGCAGCGGGAGCCAUGAGCGGCAGCGGCUCCGCCAACUUUCUGCUGGUGCCCAUCCCCGAAUACCCACUGCUGGACUGCGUGCCCAACAAGACGGUGAAGAUCGUGGUGCUGGGAGCCAGCAGCGUCGGGAAAACUGCUCUCAUCGUCAGGUUUCUCACGAAACGCUUUAUCGGAGACUACGAAGCCAACACUGGGGCGCUCUACUCCAGAAAGGUCACCCUGGACGGCGAGGAGGUGUCGCUUCAGAUCCAGGACACGCCCUGCGUGGCUCUGCAGGAUGAAGCCGAGGGCCUCUACUGCCAGGAGCAGAUCAACAGGUCCAUAUACUGGGCCGACGGCUACGUGCUGGUCUUCUCCAUCACGGACCACAGCAGCUAUCGCACCAUCCAGCCUCUGUACCAACAUGUCAGACGCAUCCACCCGUCAGGAAACAUUCCCGUCAUAUUGAUCGGCAACAAGAGCGACCUGCUUCGAGCCCGACAAGUGCCGGCGGACGAAGGCGAGACGUUAGCGUCCUCGCUAGGAGGCGUUUACUUCGAGGCCUCGGCCAGGGAGAACCACGAGGGCGUCCACGCCGCCUUCCUCCAACUUUGCCACGAGGUGUUCCGGGCGUUGGGGGGCGGCAACGGAGAGAAACGGCGAGGAGGCCUCCACCUGGCCCGGCCCAAAUCACCCAACAUGCAGGAGCUGAAGAGGAGGUUCAGGCAGGUCCUCUCCUCCAAAGUCAAAUCGGCCACCGCUCUCUGAUGGGCCCGGGAGAAGCCAGACCGUCACGGAGGCCAGGAAUUAAAAGAACUUUUGUAUUAUUUUUAUUUCUUCUUUUUUAUUUUUUAUUUGUUUAAUUUUUUUUUUUUAGACAGAUGGAUAAAUGUUCAAGUGAACUUUCCAGAAUCCGCGACCUCCUCUCGCUGCGGUUUUGGACGAAGCUGUGAGUCGGGACGAGAAAUUCACUUAAAAUAUUCACUUUCACUGUCAUCCCCCCGCCCCGCCCUUUUUGUCUUAUCUGAAACAAAUGAAGCUCCCCAAAAAAAAAAAAUAUAUAUAUAUCCCUAAACCGUGACCCUGAAUAUGGAAAAAGCUUGGAAGAAGAAGACGAGGAUUGCGUCUGAUCAAAAAUAGAAGCCACCCUGAAAAUAUCCUGAGCCGAGGCUAAAGCGGAAAGUUUAGAGUCUGGAACGAAGCUGCUCGUCCACCUUUUCGGGGCCGCGCGUUGCUUGAAGGGACCCAUCCAACGAAAACACGUUGGCGUCGUCCGCCGUCGGCUCGUCUCGCUCCCGAGUGCCGACGCCAUUGAACGUUUCCAUCGGAACCUCACUCGCCAAACAAACUGCUUUUACUGACAUAAAUAAAACAGUUUGAAA